AUGUCCGUCAGUGCUGCCUCAGCGUCUACUGAGGCACGGUCAGCGACGUCGGGGUCCGGUCGGCCGUCCAAGAGGCAACGCACCUCAAAGGUGCUCGCUGCGCUGGACCGGUCGAUCAGUCCCGCUACCCCACCCUCCCCCUCGACAACGACCAUACCACCUCCGCCCGCGCAUGCCACUGCUCCGACUCCCAUUGAUCCCCGCCCUAACGCCACGAGACCAGCCACGACCGGCGGACCCAAUACGCAAUCUGAUCAAGGAGACAUGACCAUACUGGCACGAGAGCAGUACAUCUACCUCGAGCAGGAGAUGACCCGAUACGCCGCGCACCGGGCUCAGCGGGAGGAGGAGGUCAAGGAUGAGCGGGUCCAAGCGGGGGACGCACUCCGCGCCUCACUCCGUCGAUUCGGCGAGCUCAAGGAUAUCAUACGGAAGAAGGAUGCAGAUCGGGCCAGGACUGCAGACCUUCUCCGGGGGGCGAUGCGGCGGCAGAAGGAGCUAGAGACAGACGCCGCCGCAAAGGAGGAGGAGUACAGCCAGGGCAGACUGCUGCUCUCCACAGCGGUACAGCGAGAGACGAAGCUGAAGGACAUCAUAGCGGAGAAGGACAAGCAGCAGACGCAGCUGCAAAUUGUCCUACGUCGGGUAUUGCAACGGGAAAGUGCGUUGAAGGAGACGGUCGCGGCCCAAGCGGUGGAGUUGUCUCGGAUGGAGAUGACCCAUCUGAUAGCGAUGGGGCGGCAGGUGGAGCUGGAAGGAGUCAUCGCAGAGUUGAGGCGGGCUACAGUCAAGGAGGAGCGACUGGCAGAGCUUGCGAGGGAGAAAGAGAGGGAGGAAGAGAGGGAAGAAGAGAGGGAGGAGCCUGCUCAAUCGGCAUGGAAAUGGGCUCGGGAGGAACCGGAGGCGACUAAGCUACUCGUUAAGACAGAGGCGGAACGAGACGAGGGGUCGACUGAUGAUGGUCGAAGAGAAGUAAAUGGACGGGCGGGUCGAUGGAGAGUGGGCGCAGGGGAUGACGAGACGGACUCGGAGAUUGAGGAGACCAUCGAGGCGUAUGAGGAGCAAUCGGAGCUUCUUCACUGGACGCAUAUAACGACGCCCGAAGAUCAUCCGGAGGGCAUGCGCACGUUCGCCGUUAGAGCGAUACAUCCAGGAAAGACGUCACGUAUAAUCAUCCUGGCCGGUCUCACGGUCGACGAGCUACGGGUCUCUGCUGUAUCCGGAGCCGGCGAGAAUUCCGCUCCUAUAGUGUCCGCUCCGGCCGAGGAGGUAGACGGUAGCCAGCCGAUCUCCUCAGCUGCCCCUGCUCUACCAUCGGAUGCGCUCGCCCUCUCCCAAACGGCCCCCAUGGCGGACUUUAUCUACGACGCGGACCUCUUUCAGGACCUCCCCAUCCUCUUCCGCCCCUUCUUCGACUUUUGUCACUGCACCUUAUGCCAGGCCGGCGUUCGUCCUCUUCGAGGGCACUUCUCGAAUCAUGGUCUGCACAGCGAUCAGUUUUCUGGCAUCCAGGCCCGCCUGGAUCCGAUACUGGAGAAAUACCCCGAACAGGACACCGUCGUCUCACCCGUGACCCUCCGGCGGCGGAUCGAUACCCGCGUUACCUCCCCGGAGUCCUCGCGGCCAUGUCUGGCUACAGGUGCCUUGAGUGCCCCUUCGUCACCGACACCAAGAACAACAUCUGGCAGCACUUGA